UUCUUGACGAUCAGACCUUUGUGCAGAUCUACAAGAGUGGGGCAAUUUGUAUCCCCCACUAAACCCGGUGAAGGUUUCAGGACUGUUUAGGAUGACUUCAGUGAUCUCUAUGGGUGAUAUCAGGAAAUGCAACAGGUGAAAAACUAUUCCAUGCGCUGUCGUCGUUCCCGCUAACACGCAAACUAGCCGAGGAAGGUGCACUUCUGGAAGACAACUCUGCCUGCAUUUGGGAAGUUCGAGGAAGGGAGAAAUAAUAAUUAUUCUCACGCAACAGAAAACCUACUGCCAUGGACGACAACUUGAGUAACUCCAAUGUAAAGGUCGCUGUUCGCCUCCGACCAAUGAACAGAAGAGAAAAGGAUCUGAAGACUAAAUGUGUGGUGGAGAUGAACGGGAACCAGACAGUGUUGAAUCCAGCUAGUCAGAACCUGAGCAAGGGAGACCCCAGGAAUCAGCCUAAGGUCUUUGCUUAUGACUACUGUUUCUGGUCCAUGGAUGAGGCCGACAAGGACAAGUUUGCAGGUCAAGAGGUCGUGUUCCAGUGCCUUGGAGAAAGUCUUCUGAACAAUGCCUUCUUGGGCUAUAACGCCUGUAUCUUCGCUUAUGGACAGACAGGCUCAGGGAAGUCGUACACCAUGAUGGGUUCGUCAGAGCAGCCAGGUCUGAUCCCGCGGCUGUGCAGCUCUCUGUUUGACCGGAUCCUACAGGAACAGAGGGAGGGAGAGAGCUUCACUGUAGAGGUCUCCUUUAUGGAGAUCUACAACGAGAAGGUUCGGGAUCUACUGGAUCCCAAAGGAAGUCGUCAGGCCCUGCGAGUGAGAGAGCACAAGGUGUUCGGGCCGUACGUUGAUGGUCUGUCCCGUCUGGCUGUAGCCUGCUAUAAGGACAUAGAGUGUCUGAUGUCAGAGGGUAACAAGUCUCGUACAGUAGCAGCCACGAAUAUGAACGAGGAGAGCAGCAGGUCCCACGCCGUCUUCAACAUCAUCCUCACACACACUCUAAUGGACCUGGGUUCUGGGACGAGUGGUGAGAAGGUCAGUAAGCUGAGUCUGGUGGAUCUGGCCGGCAGUGAGAGAGCGGCUAAGACUGGAGCUACUGGAGAGAGAAUGAAGGAGGGGAGCAACAUCAACAAGUCUCUGAGCACACUGGGCUUGGUGAUCUCAGCGCUGGCAGACCAAGGAGCAGGGAAGAACAAGACCAAGUUUGUUCCCUACAGAGACUCAGUUCUGACCUGGCUACUGAAGGACAGUCUGGGUGGUAACAGUAGGACAGCCAUGGUGGCCACGGUGAGUCCAGCAGGUGAUAACUACGACGAGACGUUGUCCACGCUGCGCUACGCUGACCGGGCUAAGAGCAUCGUCAACCACGCCGUCGUCAACGAAGACCCCAACGCACGCAUCAUCAGAGAGCUACGGGAGGAGGUGGAGAAACUACGAGACCAGCUCACUGAGGCGGAGUCCAUGAAGGCUCCAGAUCUGAAGGACAGGCUCGAGGAAUCGGAGAAGCUGAUCCAGGAGAUGACUGUUACCUGGGAGCAGAAACUACGCAAGACUGAGGCAGUCGCUCAGGAGCGCCAGAAACAGUUGGAGUCGCUAGGCAUCUCUCUCCAGUCGUCUGGUAUCAGAGUGGUAGAUGACAAGUGUUUCCUUGUCAACCUCAACGCUGACCCCGCCCUCAACGAACUGCUGGUCUACUACCUAAAGGAGCACACACGUGUUGGCUCUGCUGACUCUCAGGAUAUCCAGCUGUGUGGUAUGGCCAUCCACCCUGAACACUGUGUCAUCAACAUCACCGCUGAGACUGGAGUGGUGCUCACACCACACCGCACCGCACGUACGUGUGUGAAUGGCUCUUCAGUCACCAACCCAGUCCAGCUUCACCAUGGAGACCGCAUCCUGUGGGGAAACAACCACUUCUUCAGGAUCAACCUGCCCAGACACCUGGCCCAUGCGGGGGUUGAGGAUGAGGAGGGUGGUGUGAUGAAGAGUUUCCUCAGUACUGACCAGCUGGAGGUGGAGUUUGAUACGGCCAGUGACGUCUCCAGCGAGGUCAGCUUCGGAUACGAUUUCGCCCAGACAGAGGUCAUGAUGAAAGGCAUGGGCAACAACGACCCCAUGCAGUCUGUCCUCCAGACGUUGGAGCGACAGCACGAGGAGGAGAAGAGGACGGCUCUGGAGCGACAGAGACAGAUGUACGAGCAGGAGCUGCAGCAGCUCAGGAAGCGGCUCCCUCCUGCAGAGAAACACGCCCUGCUGCAGAGCCCUGGGCCUGCAGACCUGGAGCCAGCCUGUCCCUCAGCAGCAUCGCUCGCAUCAUCACCCUGCGCCCAGACACGCAUGCGCCGCUGGAGCGAGGACAGAGAGGCCAUGAUGACGCGUAGCCUGCGAAGGCUGAGACAACAGAUCGUCAGAGCUAACCUGCUGGUGCAGGAGGCUGGCUUCAUAGCUGAGGAACUCAACAAGAGGACGGAGUACCUGGUCACACUGCAAAUACCUGCUGCUAACCUCAAUGCCAACAGAAAGCGUGAUGCUGUGCUGAGUGAGCCCGCGGUGCAGGUGAGGCGUAAGGGGAAAGGGAAACAGAUCUGGGCUCUGGAGAAGAUGGAGAACAGACUGGUGGACAUGAGAGAACUGUACCAGGAGUGGAAGGGCUACGACGAAGACAACCCUGUGAUGCGUUCUUACUUCAAGCGUGCCGACCCGUUCUUCGACGAGCAGGAGAACCACAGUCUGAUAGGAGUGGCCAACGUGUUUCUGGCCUGUCUCUUCUACGACGUCAAGCUGCAGUACGCUGUACCCAUCAUCAACCAGAAGGGAGAGGUGGCAGGGCGUCUCCAUGUAGAGGUGUGGCGGGGAAGCGAGGGGCUGGAGGAGGAGACCACUGCAGAUGGAGAGACUCGCAAAAUGGAGUGUGUGGUGAGGAUCCUGCAGGCUACAGGUCUUCCCCGUCACCUGGGUAACUUUGUGUUCUGCCAGUACCACUUCUGGGGGCAGGACGAGCCUGUGUUCAUCGCCCCGGAGAUGGAGCCCUCACCUCCGUCAGCCACCAGCAAAGAGCCCCUCUGCACCGUGCUGUUUGACAGUAGCAAGGAGAUGGAGGUGUGUGUGUCCGAGGAGUUUGUGGAGUUUGUGGCGGAGGGGGCAGUGGCCAUCGAGGUAUUCGGACAUAAGCAGGUCAACCACCGCAGGAACCUGGCUCUCUGGGAUCUGGGAGUCAUUCAGGCCAAGACACGAACCCUCAGAGAGAGGUGGAGUGAGGUGACUCGUAGAUUAGAGCUGUGGGUUCAUGUGUUGGAGCUGAAUGAAGCAGGAGAGUUCACCCCUGUAGAGGUCCUACCACCCAAGGACGUGGGCACUGGGGGCAUCUUCCAGCUCAGACAGGGCCAGUCUCGUCGUGUUCAGGUGGAGGUCCGGUCCGUACAGGACUCGGGCACCAUGCCUCUCAUUGCCACAAAAAUCCUCUCUGUUUCCAUCGGCAACGUGGAGGUUCGGCAGGCCCGCCCUUCGAAUGAGGACAUGGACAGCUAUCAGGAAGUUGAUCUGGAGAGGUUGAGGGACCAGUGGCUGACCACCCUCACUACGAGACAAGAGUACCUGGACCAGCACCUGCAGAAGAUGGUCCAAAAGCCCGAUAAGUCAGAGGAUGACGUGGAGAGGGAGGCUCAGCUGUUAGAAUGUCGUCUGACCCUGACAGAGGAACGUAACGCCGUCCUGUUACCUUCGGCUGGUAGCGGGAUCCCUGGAGCCCCCGCAGAGAGAGUUCCUGUUCCUGGGAUGGAGACUCACAUUCCUGUCCUCUUCCUGGACCUUAGUGCUGAUGAUUUCCAGGACAACCUGUCUGCUCCGCUGGCUGGAGGUCUGGACACCAUGCUGAACCAUGAGGAUGAGGAUGAGUUCUUCGACCUGCACAUCGUCAAACAUUCCGAUGGAGAGGUUGGUGCGGAGGCGGCGUGGGACUCUACGGUACAUGACUGUCCCCAGUUGAGUCGCACCGCGUCUGCUGACCUCCGAGUGUACCUGACAGUCAGGGUCGUAGUUCAGCUCUCACACCCUGCUAACAUGCAGCUGGUUCUCAGAAAACGCAUCUGUGUCAACCUAGCCGGAAGACAGGGUUGGGGUCAGAGUCUGAUGAAGAAGAUGUCUCAUCGCAGCACCAUUCCUGGCUGUGGAGUCACCUUGGAGAUCGUCUCCAACAUACCUGGGGAUGUCCAGGGUCCAGAGGACAGAGAGAUGCUGGCCAGACUAGCAGCCAGUGUUGAUGUUCAGGAUGUCCAGUCAGGGGACAGUGAGGCUGCCAUAGAGAAGUACCUCCGCAGUGUCCUGGCUGUGGAGAAUAUACUCACCCUGGACCGACUACGACAGGAAGUAGCAGUGAAGGAGCGGCUGUCUGUCAAGACCAAGUCUCCCAGACGUGCUCUCAGCUCUCCUAAUGUGAACCGGCUGUCAGGAUCCUGGAGCAGACAGGACCUGUCCACCAACCACAGGCGACAUGGCAACAAGGGCUGGUCCGAGAGUCACCAGGACCUGUCAGUUGUUCCUCCCCCGUCCCACUCCAGACGUACCCUCCAUGGAUCCACUCUACCUCUGGCCCAGAACAUCCUCCCUGACACUGUCAAGGCUCUGGUCCCUCCUGUCCCCAAACUGCUCAAGUCCCUGUUCUCCGCCAGGGAGGAGAAGAGAGACCUGACUCCUGUCCCCCAGCAGCCUGUUCCUCGGAGCCUGCCUUUCAUCAGAGUGCAGUCACCAAGUGUUGAAGAGGACUUGGAUACCACACUUGGUCGUCACUUGAAAAAUAUGAAGACAAUAAUGCAGGUUCCCAUUGGGGAAAUCAUCCCCCCAGAGAGCCAAUCAGAGGCCCCCAAAACCAUGCCCCUCCCACCACCCAUCAUCCCUGAGAUGGAAGAGCCCGCCCCCAGCCCGGUCAGCGAGGCAUCUACCAGCGUCUCCACGGCAACCCUGUCAGAGCCCUACCUGAUUGGUGGGGACAUCACUCCGUCAGCCAAUCUCAGGCCAGAUGGCUUUGAGGCGAUGCACAGGUCAUUCGAGGCAGACAUCGGUCGAUACCUUCAUCAUGACUGUAACAUGGCCGACCAGGAGGAAGAGGAGGAGACUCCUCAGAUACCCCAGGCCACUGCUACUGACCUGGAGGCUUCGGAGACCGAGAGGACUGAUACUAGUACACUCCAGACAGACAGGACUGACACUAGCACAUCCCAGACAGACAGGACUGAUACUAGUACAUCUCAGGCAGACAGGACUGAUACUAGUACAUCCCAGACAGACAGGACUGAUACUAGCACAUCCCAGACAGACAGGACUGAUACUAGUACAUCCCAGACAGACAGGACUGAUACUAGUACAUCCCAGACAGACAGGACUGAUACUAGUACAUCCCAGACAGACAGGACUGAUACUAGUACAUCCCAGACAGACAGGACUGAUACUAGUACAUCCCAGACAGACAGGACUGAUACUAGUACAUCCCAGACAGACAGGACUGAUACUAGCACAUCCCAGGCAGACAGGACUGAUAAACUCAAAGCAGAAUCUCAUCUCCCAUUAGAACCACACGGCACCUCAGGAGAACCUGAACACAGGACUCCAUCAGAGUCACUGACACAGUCCAUGCCAGACAAGUCUACACAAGUCCACUACAGACUACUACCGACUGUAGUGUCAGAACAAUCAGUCCAGUCAGAGUCACUGACACAGUCCACACCAGAUAAAUCUACACAUGAAGUGUCUAUAGUGUCACAUCAGCCUGAACCACCAGUCCACAUAGAAGAACCAAUGGAGUCCGAGAUACCUCAGGAACAACCAGAGACGGAGGUAAUGUUGUCAUCAUCACGGGGCAAGACAGAACAACAUGUCGGCAAGUCUGUAACGGAUCUUCCAGAAUCGGAACUGUCUGCAUUUGAUCGACCAGAACCACCGGUAGAAUCGGCACCAGGUCUUAAAGAGUCUCCACCACUGGACCAGUCUCAACCAGCACCAGCCCUGCCACAAGAAUCAGAUCAAGCAGCCACAGAACAGACAGGACUGGGUGAAUCAGCUGGUUCAGAACCAGUACUAGGCCAAACAGAUCAACCAGUAGAAGCAUGUCCAGACCAGUCCCAGCCUCCAUCAGAGCUACCAGAAGAACUAGACCAGCGGGCACCGGCAGCCCAGUCUGAACCUGCACCUUCCCCUGUAGAGCCUCCAGUUGAUGAGCCUGCACCUAGCCAACAAGUCAAAGCACCAGCCCCAAUCCCAGCACCAGCCCCAAUCCCAGCUCCAGCCCAAUCUGUAGCUCCGGUCACUGCCCAUCCAGCUCCGACCUCAACACCAACCCCAGCCCCAGCCCCUACACCUGCCCAUCCAGCUCCGACCUCAACGCCAACCCCUGCCAAAGCCCCUCUUCUAACCCUAAACCCUGUCCCAGCACUAGUCGUCAAAACUCCCACUUCCAGUAGCACAUCAGCCAACGCAUUCAAGAUCCAGAAAGUAAAGACAUCUGACCUGAAGUCCUUCCAACCUAUCCUAGAUGAGGAUGAAGGCCAGGCAGGGGCAGAAGGAGUUGAGGCCAGUAGUCUGGGUGUUGACCUCUCUGUUCCUCUGGAGAGACUGGAGAUCCUCUCCGACUCAGACGAAGGAGUCACCGACGUAACCACAGCCGUGCCUGACUGGCUGAAGGAGGGGGAGUUUGUGACUGUAGGAAGUCAUAAAAGUGGGAUGGUGAGCUACGUGGGACCUACAGACUUUGCAGAGGGAACCUGGGUUGGAGUGGAGCUAGAUUUACCUGCAGGGAAAAACGACGGGUCCGUGGGUGGAAAGUACUACUUCCACUGUAACCCUGGUUACGGGGUGUUGGUGCGUCCUGAUAGGGUGAGCCGUGGAGGAGUCGGGGGCGGUGCUAAGCAGAAGCGGCGACAGCAGCAGAAGCGUCGCAGUGCUAACCUAUCAGGGUCCAGCCCUAACCUGGCUGCCCUCACUGCCCUGGCCAAGGGAGAGGGGACUGGGGCCAGUCGCAACGGACAGAACCGCAAGUCCUGGAACAGCUAAGAGGAGAGGGUAGCAGGGUUGGGGUCAAUUUCAUUUAAAUUCAGGAAAACUGAAAUUCCAAUUUAGAAUUUCAGUGUCAUUCCGGAAUUAAACUGGAAUUGAUCCCAACCCUGGUCGGUAGAGGUUUAGCUGAAAACCACAGCAACAUUUCAAGAGAUAAGAGAUGCACAUCUUGCUUAUUUUUAAAAGUCUAGCCAUCGAUGGACAGAUAAGAGGAGAGGCCCAGUUUAUGAUGCUGCAUCAAUAUGCAAGUCCAUGUAUCCAGGCUUACAUACUGUUAUUUCAUAUAAUCUGAAUUAUUUUUUUUAUUUUUAUUUUUUUUUACCUUGUCCUGAGUGCCUUACAAAGUCGUAUAGGGUCUCUCAGGUUCUCAUUAAAAUAACUAAUGUGGUUAAGUAAUGUCAUUACAUGUGCUUCGGAAGCUUUGUUCACCCUGCAGCUCUUAAUGCUCAAAUCAAUACUGACUGCAUUGUUACGUCAGAUCUCGUCCCUGCUACGCUCGUCCCUCGAUCUCAGUGCACACACCCGUCGUGCUAUACACAUGUCUCGAAUCGGAUGUGUUUUCAGACUGUAGUGAUUGGCUGACAUGGCUGCUCUGGUUGUCAAGGUAAUGGCAGGCGUGCGUGCGUUGCUGUAGGCUGACUGGUGGUGGUGCUCGUGUUUCCUCUCACUCGGAAAGCUGUUGUGCAGCAAGCUAAGUUGACUGACAACAAUGCAAUGAAGUCUCCCAGCUGUUUUACAUGCUCAAAAUCAUCGUAGCGUGAGAACACUUACAAAGCCUCAAACGAUAAGAUGAUCCAACUUUCAAAACGAGUCAUUUUUUUUGUCUGGCCACAGCGGUCAACCUAGGUAGCUGUUUAGUUUGUUGGCACAUACAGUCAUUUGUUUGUAAACAAUUUAACACGCUACUUAGCUACCAUAAGUUUUUGUUGAAACUGUCAACAGAGUAGCAAGCAACAAGAUGUGCCAAGUAAGUCUUAAAAACCACUUGAAGGAAAAUAAAUUAGAUUUGACUGUUCAGACAUAAGUCGUUGGCAGGAAUCCGAUUUUGUAUCGGAUUUCAAUUCACCUCGAAAUAUCUGAUUCCAUGCUUUUUAGGCGUUCCGACUGCAGGAAAGAAAAAAACAGAUUAAAAUCGGAUAUGCCUUUUAAAAAAAAAAUGUGGAUUUGAGUCACUUCAAACUGCUAGUGUGAACAAGGCUUUAGUGGGUAUCAUUGUAUUGGAGUAUAGGGAUGAACCCCAAAUACGUGAUGUGAUGCCAAAUGGGUUGCUCUAACUAACAAGUAGUGCACCACCCAGUGGGGAAUAUGUGUACUGACAUUACCACAAAUGAUGUGCCUUAUGUUAGUAGAACAGUAUGGCCCUUUUUUUGUUCUGAGUUCUGAGUUGUUCUGAGGGGAAAUAUACUGUAUACUUGAACUUCUGAACAAGUUUGCACUCUGUCCAUUUUGUAAUAAUACUACUGAAACUCUGCUAGGUUUUAUCAUUCCGUGUAUCUGUUUGGUAAAAGUGUGAUUUGGGGAUAAUAUUGGGAGGGGAAGAAUGCAGACCUGGGAGAAUCAGAAUGAAGUAAAUGGAUGAAGAGCUCGGCAAUGGUUUAGACAUUGGGCUUGUUUUUUAAUUUAUAUGUUUAAAAAUGUUUUUAUACUUGUGCUAUUCAAUCUGAUCUGACUAUGAAUGUUUUAAGACGGACAAUUUAAAAAGAUAUACCAUAAGAGGAAGAGACAAAUCUACAUGAUUUUGUUUUAUAUCAAUAUGGUGUUUACAAUAAACUUCACUGUGGAUACAUCUGUA